AUGACCGCCACGGGCCUCCCGUCCUCGCUAGAUAGCUCCUCGACCGGCUCGAUGGUUGAGAUCCAGCAUGCGGAUGCCGCUCCGCCUGUGGGCAAGAAGAGCCCGGAGGACGACCACUAUCGGCUGGUGUAUACGAAGUCGAAGGUGUAUGUCCAUCCGACGGCGUACGCGCGCGAUAACAUCCCAGGCUUCGUCGCGCUGGUAAAGCGGGAAGCAGUGAACCCCAUAUACCUCCUUGCAUGGCUCCCUGAAAGCUUGCUGAACGAGCGAGGGUCUGGCGAGUGGGACAAGUUCGUCAAGAUCGAAGAGCAGGCGGCGUUGGACGAGCUUGAUGAAGACAUCGUUCUUAUCGACUUACCGUCGCAGAAGCCGGAGUCGUACGCCUUCUCCGUUCCCUUGACCUCCAUCUACAGUCUCAUUGCGCAUCCACCGAGCCUUUCGUCAUGGUACGGCUCUAUCGCCAUCAACCUCAUUAACGGCGACACGCUACCAACUUUGCAUUUCCACGACGACGAGUCUCGGUCCUUCAGCCUGCCCACGCCACCAAGUGCAUCUUCCCCCACUUCACGACGCAAGCGCAACAGCCUCGCUUCAUAUCCACCUCCCGCCGCACCCUCCCCGCCAUCCGGGUCCCGUACCGGUACCUCAUGGGGCGGCGAGGACCUCAUAGCACGCCUCCGAUCCUACGCGCACAUCCUGCGAUCCAAUCUCCAGCCCUCGCUCUACCUCAUCGACCCCUCCCGCCAAGACAUCGAGACGCACACGACGCAGAUCUUCGAUGACGAUGCCGUCGACGACAUCCUCGCCCAGUCCUCGUACGCCAACUCUCACUCGCCCGUCCCUGCGCAUCGCCGACCGCGGCCUCUGUCUGUUUCCAGUUCGCAGCCGAAUUUGAGCCCGAAUCCAUAUUCGGCGCGAUCGUCGGUGCUGCAUAGGUCGCUGGCACCGACGGCGCCGAAUGGGGCUGGCCAGUCGCCGUCGCAGGCGAGGACGGCGCUGUUGCAAUCGUUCUCGAAUAUCACGAGGGCGACGCGGCAUGCAGCGCAGAAUAUCCUGUCGCAUCCGCUCGCGAAGCCCAUCGUACCCCACCUUCCCGACCCAGUCAAGACAUUUGUCAACGCAAACGGCGAGUGGUCUCGCGAAUGGGGCAGCUGGGUUGAGAAAGGCGGCGUCGGCGAGUUCGAGAGUGCCCGCGUCUACCUCGCCCGUUGGGCGCGCAUCGUCGCCGAAGAAGGCGAGCGCGCACGCCGACGCGAGGCCCAAGCCAUCCCGUCCUCCGGGGGCGACCUCGCGCAGGAGACCUCCAGCCUCGGCAUCUUCGAGCUCCUGCACUCCACCUCCAACCUCCCCACGCCGAAAACGAGCCGCGACCCUGCACAUCCAGUUGACGAGAAGACGUGGAAGCGGUGGUUUGCGCCGGAUGGGCGACCGAAGGUGCGGAUCGAGGAGGUGAAGCAUGAGGUGUUUAGGAGGGGGAUUAUGAAGGAGGGGACGCUGAGGAGAAGAAUAUGGCCGUUUUUGCUGGGUGUGUAUGAAUGGGAUGUGGAUGGGGCGGAGAGGGAGGCGAGGUGGCAUGAUAAGAUGCGCGAGUACCAUCGCAUCAAGAAUGAGUGGUGUGGGAAUGCGGAGGUGUACGAUUUGCCGCAGGUGGUCGAGGAGCGACAUCGCAUCGACGUCGAUUGUCGGAGAACAGAUCGGACGCAGCCAUUGUUCUCGUCUGCGCACUCGUCCGAGGACGUCAAGCGACAGCGUCGGGUAUCGACGAUAUCACCACAGACGGCGGAUAUUGGCGCGCAGUCGCCGAGCAACGAGCAUAUCGACCGGAUGGCGGGCAUUCUUCUGACCUAUAACUUCUAUGAGAAGGAGCUUGGAUACGUGCAAGGCAUGUCAGACUUGUGUGCGCCGCUGUACGUGGUCAUGGGCCCGGAGGAGGAAGAGCUCGUCUUCUGGUGCUUCGUCGAGGUUAUGAACCGGAUGAAGCAGAACUUCCUCCGAGACCAGAGCGGCAUGAAGCGCCAGCUCUCGACACUUCAGGACCUCAUCGCCGUCAUGGAUCCGGAGCUAUACCGCCAUCUCGAGAAAACCGACGCGCUGAACCUGUUCUUCUGCUUCCGCUGGGUGCUCAUCGCGUUCAAGCGCGAGUUCCCCUUCGACGAUGUCCUCCGGCUAUGGGAGGUGCUCUGGACGGAUUACUAUAGCAACGAGUUCGUGCUGUUUGUCGCCCUUGCAGUGCUGGAGAGCCAUCGGGAUGUGAUUUUGCGGUAUUUGGUGGAGUUCGACGAGAUCCUCAAGUACUGCAACGACUUGAGCAUGACGAUCGAGCUGGACUCGACGCUGGCGCAGGCGGAGGUGCUGUUCCUGUCGUUCGCGCAGUUGAUUGCGGACAUCGAUAGGAGGAAGGCGGAGGAGAUCAGUGCGUCGAGCAGCAACCUGCGGCGUCGGGCUACAUUGGGAAGUAAGUCAGCGGGCAGCAUCUCGUCUAUUGAGGUGAAUUUGCCUGUCAUUUCGGACAACCUGAGGGAUCUGCUGAAAGCUGGUCGAUGA